GAAUGCACCAUGAGAGAGAGAUACCAUCUUUCUCAACAUUAAUUGUUCUCUUUUCAGCCUCUUCUCUUCUCUAAUGUAAAAUAACAUUCUCCUGCUACCAUAAAACUUAAAAGAUACAAGUUCAGGGCUACAGAGAAACACACUAUCUGUAGUACACUUUCCUAGCUUCUACUCAGUAAUGGCUUCUUUAUGUUUUUAUUCUCUACACUUAUCAACCCCAAAAGUUUUCUUUUAUCAUAUUUGUUGUCUUACUUAUCUCUUUUGGAUUAGUUGUAGAACAGAAGACUUGUGAUUGAUUUCUUGGAGGAAUACAAAGUACAGUUUCUUUGAUUAAUUAUUUAAUAAACCAGGAAGAGGAGAUCAUAUGGGUUCCAUGAAUUCAAACAACUGGUCUUCAUUUCCACUUUCUCCCACUCAACCUUCUUUUCCUACACAUCUGCACACUUUUCAGCCUCACCAGUUCAAUCUAGGGGUUGUCAAUGGUAACAUGGAGAACUCAUUCCAACCUCAAGAAUGGAAUCUGAUUAAUACUCAUGAAAGUGAAGAAGUACAAAAGGUUGCAGACUUCCUUGGGAUUUCUAAAUCUGAAAACCAUCAACCUUUGGAUCUUGUGGCUAUCAAUGAAAUUAAUCAGGGCAGUGAUUUCGACUACUCAUUUCAGAAUAACAGUGUAGUGCCAGUUGAAAACGUUCUGGUAACAGCCAAUGACGACUAUGAGUUCCAAGAAAACGCAAACAAGUUGCAGUCCCAGCUGACAUUAUCCAUGGGAAGUGGUAAGGGUUCUACUUGUGAAACCAGUGCCGACACCACUACUAAUAUUACUGUUGAGGCUGCCCAUAGAAGGACCUUGUAUACCUUUGGCCAAAGAACAUCCAUAUACCGUGGGGUUACAAGGCAUCGAUGGACAGGAAGGUAUGAAGCUCAUCUUUGGGAUAAUAGCUGUAGGAAAGAAGGGCAUUCAAGGAAAGGCAGACAAGGUGGGUAUGACAAAGAGGAGAAAGCAGCUAGGGCUUAUGAUCUUACUGCACUCAAGUACUGGGGACCAUCAACCCCCACUAAUUUCCCUAUCAGUAAUUAUGAGAAGGAACUAGAGGAGAUGAGGCGUAUGACAAGACAAGAAUUUGUAGCUGCCAUUAAGAGGAAAAGUAGUGGUUUCUCAAGAGGUGCAUCCAUGUAUCGUGGUGUUACAAGGCAUCACCAGCACGGAAGAUGGCAAGCUAGGAUUGGUAGGGUAGCAGGAAACAAAGAUCUUUACCUGGGAACUUACAGCACUGAGGAAGAAGCAGCUGAAGCAUACGACAUUGCAGCAAUCAAGUUCAGAGGCCUCAACGCCAUCACCAAUUUCGACAUGAAUCAGUACGAUGUGAAUGCCAUUCUCGAAAACAACACUUUACCCAUCAGAGGGGCCGCUAAACGGUUACAGGAAGCUAAGGCAACCGAAUCCUCAAGGGAACGCGAAGAAAUGAUAGCCCUCGGCUCAAGUUUCCAGUAUGGAAACUCCAGCUCCGGGCGGCCACAGUCCUACCCUCCAUUUCAGACCCCAUAUGAUCAACUCCAACAUCUGCUAACUCUACAGAACCACGAAAUUUCUCAGUAUGCACAAGAUACACUGUCGUUUCACCACAAUUACAUCCAGAACCAGCUCCAGCUCCAGCUCCACCAGCAUUCUGGGUCGUACCUGCACCAAUCGGAUCAGAAUUCGCAGUUUUACACGAGUUAUAUUCAGAGCAAUCCGGAUUUGCAUCAUGGGUUGAUGACCGUGGGAGGUUCUUCGAAUUCUUUAGUGGAGAACAAUGGGAGUUCUAGUGGGAGUUACAGUGGAAGGUUUCUUGGGAUGGGUUUGAAUUCUACGGCGGGCAAUGCAGUUGGGUCCACUGAAGAAAUUGCGGUUGUUAAGGUUGAUUAUGAUAUGCCUUCCGGCGGGUAUGGCGGCUGGUCCGGUGAGUCGGUUCAGGGGUCGAACACCGGAGUUUUUACAACGUGGAAUGAGUGAUCGAAAGAGGAAGGAAAACGAAAAAAUGGUUUAGUGUUCAGCGCAAAAGAGGUUAAGGGCUGUUCGGUAGAGCGUUUAAAAUUAAGCUGAUAGUG